AUGACUAUAAAGGCUGUGCAUAUGGAAGUCGUAAGCGAUUUAAGUUCCGAAGGCUUCAUAGCAGCAUUACGACGAUUCGUCGCGCGACGCGGCCUACCAAAAAACAUCUAUUCCGACAACGGGACUAACUUCGUAGGAGCGAACAAUAAAUUGAAGGAAUUAUACGUCUUGUUCAAUUCCAGUGAACACAUAGAGCUCAUUAACCGAUAUUUAAAUAAUCAUCAUAUCACGUGGCACUUCAUACCGCCUAGCGCUCCUCAUUUCGGCGGGCUUUGGGAGUCCACGGUUAAGCUCUUUAAACAUCACUUUAAGCGCGUGGUGGGCGAUUCUUUGUUUACAUUCGAAGAAUUAAACACAUUUACCGUCGAAAUAGAGGGCAUUUUAAACUCCAGACCCUUGACGUCCCUUUCCUCCGAUCCGAACGACUUGCAUGUACUCACGCCCGCUCACUACUUAAUCGGCAGACCAUUGACGGCCCCUCCCGAGGGCGAAUUGCUAUCUGUUCCAGCAAAUCGACUGUCGACCUGGCAACACAUAAGCAAG